CAUCAAGGUCGCCAUUUAACAGCGGGAGCAAUUCGAAGUGCUGGAUUCUGGAUAAUUGGUGCUAGGAGAUUAGUCUCAUCCGUACUUCACAAGUGUUUCAAAUGCAUCAAAUUACGUGGAAAGUGUCUGUGUCAAAAGAUGUCAGACCUUCCUGUUGAUCGUUUGGAGCCUAGCCCACCUUUCACCUACAUUGGCCUAGAUACUUUUGGUCCUUGGGAAAUUGUUACUCGUCCGACCCACGGAGGAUCUGCAAACUCAAAAAGAUGGGCAAUCUUAUUCACCUGCCUUACAACAAGAGGAAUUCACAUUGAAGUCGUGGAGGAACUAAGCUCAUCAUCAUUUAUCAAUGCCUUUAAACGGUUCGAGGCGAUACGAGGAAAAGUUGUGCAAAUUCGUUCGGAUCAAGGAACCAAUUUCGUAGGCGCUAUUCACGACUUAAAAAUCGAUUCUACCGGAGUUAACCUUGAAGAUGGAAAAGUGAAAAAAAUCCUGUAUGAACAAGGGACCACAUGGAAAUUUAAUCCGCCUCAUUCGUCCCACAUGGGUGGCGUGUGGGAACGCCUCAUUGGUGUUGUUAGACGGGUGAUCGAUGCGGUCAUGUUGGAGAUACCGGCUGGAUCUCUAACUCAUGAAGUGCUUGUGACUUUCAUGGCCGAAGCGUCGGCAGUUGUUAACGCGCGACCAAUAAUCCCGUUAUCUGAGGAUGCAGAUGAACCGUACCCACUUAGUCCUUCAAUGAUACUUACCCAGAAAACUCCCGUGAUCGUCGACAUCUCAGUUGAUAAGAAGAACAUGUAUCAUGCUCAGUGGAAACGCGUUCAACACAUGGCAGAUUUAUUCUGGACACGCUGGAGGAAAGAGUACCUUAAUACUUUACAGACUCGUCGCAAGUGGACGCGCUGUGAAAGAAACAUUACAGAAGGUGAUAUCGUGUUACUUCGCGAUAAAGAUGUUCAUCGUAACCUGUGGCCUAUGUGUAUUAUUGUGAAAACUUUACCCAGUGAUGAUGGAAACAUUCGGAAAGCUGAAAUUCGUGUCGUGAAACAAGGUUCUCGGUCAUCGACAUUCAUUCGUCCAAUUGCAGAAAUGGUACUGUUACUGCCUAAUGAAUAGACUUGUAGAACUUUUGUACUUGUACAUAUGUGAUGUUAUAAACAUCAGACGGGGAGUGUUCUGUCAGAUUCAUAUUUUUUUUUUUUUUUUUUUUGAUUUUUCCAUUAUGUAAAUACUCAUUGUUUAUUACAUAUUCCAUAUCAUAUUAUAUUCAGAGUUAUCUUCCUUUGUGAAGAUAGUGAGUUAUCUGCCCAUUGUCGAACUCUUUUUUGUGUUUAGACAUAUUAGAGUUAUCUCCCUCAUUUUCUCGUGCAAGUUGAAAACAGUCCGCCAUUUAGAAUUCCACAUGUGAAGAUGUGAUGAUGCUUUUGCCUUCUUUUACCUGAGUUUACGUCAAAUUCGUGGCCUAUUACCAUUUAUUUACCUCAUUCGCUCACUCAUUCGUUCACUCGCUCACGUACUAUGACGUGCUCACUUACGUACCCACUCAUGUACUAGCUCAUUCAUAGCUCGUUCACUCUCUGAAUACUUGCAUUUACGCAAUAAACAUGGAACUAUUGGCUGUGUUGUGACUGAUUGUGACAGUGAGGUUUAGCUGGCUGUUUCAGACAGCAUAUGGCUGGUCCAGAAUUAUUAUUGUCAUACAGAUUAUAUUCGGUAGCGUUCAAAUAAAAAAGAUAAUUAUUGUUGGCGAUGUUCAGUAAUUAUUAUUGUGGUGGAAAGAUUAUAUUUAUAAAGAUAAUGUGUGACUUUAAAUCGGGUCAGUUUUUAUAAUUAUUGCGGCAGUAUUUAUAAUUAUAAAAAUGUCAUAAAUGAAGAAUAUUUUUCUUUUGGGGAUGAAAUUAUAAUUUGGUAUCUGAGAAUCGGGACAGAUUAUUAUUAUCACUGCGAUAUAAUAAUAAUAUCGGCAAAUAGGGGGAAAUUUUGAUUUUUGGAAGAGAUUAUAAUUUUGGUAUUUUAUAUAGGGAAAAAUAAUAAUAAUGUGGGGGUACCCUACCGCUUUCCACAUAUAUAUAUAUAUAUAUAUAUAUAUACAAAGCACUAAAAUGACCAACGACACGAACAACGAGAUUGUCAAAUGUAACGUGUGAACGUUUCAAAUGUAUUCCUGGUGUAUUCCUUUAUGUUAAAUUUUCAAAUAAAAAGAAUUAAAGAACAAUGGUUGAAAGUUUACACAUUUAUUCAAUGAACAAAUUUACACAUAAUUUACUGACCUCGUCUAACAGUUGACAGAAAAUAGAUAGGCGAGAGGUUUCGUUUUCAUUUCUCGGAAACGCGGCUAUUUCUGAAAAUCGCUAUGACUUUGUUUUGUAAACAAUGAGCUCAGCUAAAUAGCAAAGAUCGCGCAUCACUGAUAAGACCUAAUUAUAGAUAGGAUAAAGAUAACGCACAGCCUCGUUAUCAAAUGUAGUACAAACAUUGGACAGCGUGUACUACAUUCCUAAUGGCCACGCCGAUAUCAAAAGAAAAAAAGCUAACACACGGUGCAACAAGACACUGCUGUUAUGGAAUAUGCAACAGUGACAGUAGAUAUGCUGAUCGAGAAUAUAUGACUGGGGUUUUUUGGAUACCAUUUCCAAAACCCAAGAGGAAUCUGGAAAAAUGUCAGCGAUGGGCGCGUGUGUGUGGCAGGGAAUAUUUUACCGUUGAAAAGGUUACAAGAUGGACAUACAUAUGUAGUAAACAUUUUGUGGGUGGAAAUGGACCGACAGCAGAACAUCCUGAUCCCAUUCCAGCAACUCUAACGCCAAAUCAGGCGGAAAAAUUCUCUAGGAAAAGGAAACCACCCACUCCACGGAGCAAUCCUGUUUCUAAAAGAAUGUUAAAGGACGUGUCAGAAGCAUUACUAUCCUUACAAGAUGAGGCAAUACCUUCAACUUCUACUAGCACUUGUGAUAUGCAUCGUGGCCAUAUUAAGGAGAACAGAACAAAUAUAGUCAACCAUGAUCAGUCUGACACUAUAUGUACUGGGACCGGGUCUGAUAUGAAUCAGAAUGAACAUGUCAAACAGGAGCAGACCCAAAAGAACGCAAUUCAUUGUGCAACACAAAUACAAGAUUGUGGGACACAAACUACUUUUCAUUGCAGUGAUAUUCUUGCCAAUAAAAUUGAGAGAAGGCUGAGGAAAAAUGAAGGGCAUUCAAAGCAAAAGAGUCCGCAAAAACAGAACACCAAAAACAAGUUUGAUUACGAGCAAUUGGCAACAAAAGGAAAACUUUUUAAAUUUUACACAGGUUUAAAUGUUGAACAAUUUAACCACUUUUUUAAGGUCUUGGAAAAUGCCGGAGGUGUAUAUGAACUGAAAUAUUGGAAAGGAAAUAAAACAAAAUCACCAAAGAAAAGGCGAAACGACUCAAAACAACGACAAACCAAACUAUCGACAAGAAAUCAGUUAUUAUUGGUUCUUAUGAAGUUAAGGCAUAGGUUUCCAAAUAAAGAUCUUGCAUACAGAUAUGGAGUAAGCAUCAGUACUGUCUCUUCAACAAUUAACACUUGGAUUCAAUAUUUAUAUAAAGUUACUGGUGGUAUUCGUAAAAAAAUGUUUCCAUCUAGGGCUUUAAUUCAAAAACAUUUGCCUGCUUGCUUUAGGUCCUUCAAAAAUGUCCGUGUGAUAAUUGAUUGCUUUGAGAUAUUUACUCAGUCAUCACGGGAUUUUGCUGAGCAAGGUAAUAUGUAUUCCUCGUAUAAAAAUAAUCCAACAUUGAAAUGUUUGGUUGGUGUUGCACCUACAGGAGCAGUUACAUUUUUAUCAGAUGUAUAUGAGGGAAGUAUAUCAGACAAGGAGAUAACUGUAAAGUCUGGUUUGGCUGACUUGCUUAAUCCUGGAGACUUGGUGAUAGCGGAUCGAGGGUUUUUGAUUCGGGAUAUACUGAACCCAAGAAAAGUAGACCUUAACAUUCCACCAUUUCUUUCAGGAAGAGAUCGACUAACCCCUCAAGAAGAAAUAUUGACAAAACGCAUUGCACGAGUACGCAUUCAUGUGGAACGAGCAAUUGAGCGCAUGAAAAAAUUUAAAAUAAUAGGAACAACAAUACCUCUUAGUCUCAAACCAGUAGCCACAGAAAUAGUGCAUAUAAUUGGAUUUCUAGUCAAUUACCAAAGUCCACUUGUAAAAUGAGCAUUGAACAUUAAACUUGAUAAAAUAAUUCUAAAUUUAUAAAUGAAUUCCAGCCUGACCUUGCAUUCAUUAGAGAAGUAUCUUUUUGUUGCAUGAUUUUUUUCUUCAGUACAUUUAUUGUGGUUCAGAUGAUUGGGCUAAUAUCUGCUUGAUUAUUAUAGUUCGUCUUUUACUGCCUUUGUUUUCUUUUGACCACUUGUUUGGGGGGGGGGGGGUUGAGAUCUCACUAGUUUAACCCCACCACAUUUCAUGUGCCUGGCCCAAGUCGGGUAUUGUGGUCACAAGUUUGUCUGUAUUUUUGUGUUAAAUGUUACGUAAUGUACAUGUACAUUUUGGUAAUAUUCAUGCAAGAGCGACUAAAAUUUUACAUAUACACGUUUUAUUUAUUUGAGGCAAUUUUCACAAGGAGUGGAGUUCCACCCUUAUGGAAGGCCUUUUGGAGACCUCUAGAUUUGUGGAUUGAGUGUGGUCUCUGAAACUUACAAAUGUAGUCUAUAUCUUUUCACACAUUGUGAAAGUGUGACACUGUUCAAAACCAAUAAAAAUCUGAAUCUAUAA